AUGCGCCUUCACGCGUCGGCCGCUUGUGAAGAAGAGGUCUACGCCGAAGACUGGAAGGGACAUAUGGCGGCCACCACCUUGGCUGGCAAGCCAUGCGGUGCACUGCCUGUCCUCUUUUAUGAACCGCAACGCGUCGAAAGCCUGAUCGACGUCGACCCGACCGUGCACCCGAUGCUUGAUGAAAGUCUUCUGGGUCUCUCGACCGCGCAGACGUUCUCCCCCAUCCGUCGUCCAUUUACAACCAUCCGCACCUCACUCUCCAACCUCGACACGAAGAAUAGACUCGACGAAAACCACCACGACGUGAACCCGAAGAUGAGCCUCGACGAAAGCCUUCUCGACCUCUCCACAGCUCGUACCUUCACCCCCAUCCGUCCAUCUGCCACCAACCGCGCAGCGCUCUUCGACAUCGACACGAAGAUCAAGAAU